AUGGGGGGCCCAAACCUCGAAGUUGUCAAGUUCGGCAUAUAUAUCGCCUUUCCUAUUUACUUUAUGUACUACUUCGGAACGAAUCUGGACUCACGCUUCUCCGUCCCGGACUUCUGGCCCAAGCCCGGGCAGACACACACCAUCCCAUUCGAGAAAGAAGACAUCAAAGCGGAAUUGGAGCGGUUAAAGCAAAAGAGACUGGCGGCGAGAGCAAGAAGGCUCGAGAUGGAGAAACAGAACGAGGGGGUGGAGGGCGAUGCGAGCACAGCGAAUCAGCCAAGCAUACAACCACGGCCGGAAAUUCUGGAGGCUACAAAGUUGAAUGAGCCGGAGAAGAGUCAGACCGCGAGGCAGAGUGGUUGGACAAGCUGGUUCAGAUGA